CUUGUGAGAACACUAUAAGAGAAGAAGAGUGUUUCCUCGUGAGAGUAAAGUCGAUCAGUGUGAGGAUUGCAGAAAGUUGUCAUCAUGCCGAUGUUUGUAGUGAACACCAACGUGGCUAAAAGCGACGUACCGGCGGCCCUGCUGUCUGAGGCUACGGAGGAACUGGCCAAGGCGAUGGGGAAGCCCGCCCAGUACAUUGCAGUGCUGAUCAACCCCGACCAGAUGAUGAUGUUCGGAGGGAAGGGAGACCCCUGCGCGCUCUGCUCCCUCCACAGCAUCGGCAAGAUCAGCGGGGCUCACAACAAGCAAUACUCCAAACUGCUGUGUGGCCUGCUCAACAAACACCUGGGCAUCUGUCAAGACAGGAUCUAUGUUAACUUUGUUGACAUGGAUGCAGCCAAUGUGGGCUGGAACAACACUACAUUUGGCUAAGAUGGAAGAUACUGUCAGAUACUUAAGUUCAUUCCAGAAAUUUCCUUUGUUUAGGGGAGAAGUUAAUUAUGCUUACGUGAUGAAGCACUUUAGGAACAACUUUGCAAUUUAAUUACAUCAAUUUUUGCAUUGCACUGAUUUCACUGUCUUCUCUAAAUGCAAUAAAGCAAACACUGUUACAGAAUAAUAAA